CCAAGCCGCGGAUCCUGCUUAUGGGGCUGCGGCGCAGCGGGAAGUCCUCCAUCCAGAAGGUGGUCUUUCACAAAAUGUCUCCUAAUGAGACUCUGUUCUUGGAAAGUACCAACAAGAUCUACAAAGAUGAUAUUUCCAACAGUUCAUUUGUGAAUUUCCAAAUAUGGGAUUUUCCUGGACAGAUGGACUUCUUUGAUCCAACAUUUGAUUAUGAGAUGAUCUUCAGAGGAACAGGUGCUCUAAUAUAUGUUAUUGAUGCCCAGGAUGACUACAUGGAAGCUUUAACAAGACUCCACAUUACAGUUUCAAAAGCCUACAAGGUCAACCCGGAAAUGAACUUUGAAGUUUUUAUUCAUAAAGUUGAUGGUUUAUCGGAUGACCAUAAAAUAGAAACUCAGAGAGAUAUUCAUCAGAGGGCUAAUGAUGACCUUACGGAUGCUGGGCUUGAAAAACUUCACCUUAGCUUUUAUUUGACCAGUAUCUAUGACCAUUCAAUAUUUGAAGCCUUCAGUAAAGUGGUACAGAAGCUCAUUCCGCAACUGCCAACGCUGGAAAAUCUACUAAAUAUCUUUAUAUCAAAUUCAGGCAUCGAAAAAGCAUUUCUCUUCGAUGUAGUCAGCAAAAUCUACAUCGCAACAGACAGUUCUCCUGUGGACAUGCAGUCGUAUGAGUUGUGCUGCGACAUGAUUGAUGUAGUGAUAGAUGUUUCCUGUAUAUAUGGGUUAAAGGAAGAUGGCACUGGAAGUGCUUAUGAUAAAGAGUCAAUGGCAAUUAUCAAGCUCAAUAACACAACGGUCCUGUACUUAAAGGAAGUAACAAAGUUUUUGGCAUUAGUUUGCAUUCUUAGAGAAGAGAGUUUUGAGCGCAAAGGUCUGAUAGACUACAAUUUUCAUUGCUUCCGCAAAGCCAUUCAUGAAGUCUUUGAAGUAGGUGUUGCCUCCCACAGAAUCUGCAACCAUCAAUCAAGCGCCUCAAAUAUGAAAGCAGUGACUCACAAUGGCACACCUAGGAAUGCAGUCUAGAGGAGAACUAAAGACGUUGGAUAGACUUGUCAGCUCUUCACUCCAAAGUUUUGUGGAACAAGAGAAGAGUAGUCUGAAAGCCUGAAGUAUGUUUCACAGGAGAAGAGUGGUGCUAACUGUGGAACAGCAGCUUGUAACUCAUGUUGGACAACUGAAACUACUGUAAAAAUACUUUGAGGCCAGUGGAGUUAGAAAUGCCAGUCUGAAACCAGCUUUAUUGCAAGUGCAGUGGUUUUUCAGUUUGGAGUCCUAUUUUAACAGUCUGUCUCUGACUGAUUGCCCGGUCAAAACUUACAAAUGAUUGAGUUGACUUUUGUGUGAAACACUGAAUAGUCAACUCAAUUUUUUUUUUUUUUUAAUUAAUUAAUCUGUAGAAUAUCCACCUUUGCUUAAGUUUACCCUUUUGUCAUGCAAAA